AUGAAACCGCCAUCCUUCAAGGGAGGAAUUGAACCAAUGAAAGCUGAGGCGUGGGUGUUAGGGAUAGGGAAAUUAUUUGAAUUUUUUCCAUGCACCGAAGCUGAAAAGGUGCAACUGGCUUCCUUCACUCUUGAAGAUAAGGCACGGAGAUGGUGGAUGCUUACGAGAACUAUACAUCAAGGAUUGACAUGGGACAGGUUCUUGGAAUUGCUUUAUGAUAAAUAUUUCCCUCAAAGUAUGCGAGAUAAGAAGGUGACUGAAUUUGAAACUCUCAGACAAGGGAACAAGACUGAUGCUGAAUAUGAAGCUCAAUUUGCGGAGCUAGCCCGGUUCGCGCCUCAUAUGCUAAACACGGAUUAUAAGAAAGCACGGAAAUUUGAAGGGGGAUUACGGGGUGCUAUUCUGGACCGAGUCAAUAUGUUGAUGUUUCCUACCUAUGUGGAUGUGUUGGAGAGGGCCGUCAUAGCGGAAGGAAAUAUUGCUGCACAAAAUCGAAUUUCUGAAUGGAAGGGGAAAAGACAAAGCAGCCAAUGGUCGAAGGGGUCAACUAGUCCACCAAACAAGAAGCAAAAUUCAGGGACUUCAAAUGCGUCUACCCCUAGCCAGGAUCCAAUUCCCAUAUGUGUAGAGUGUGGAAAGAAGCAUCGUGGAAUAUGCUACCAUAAGUCUGGAGCCUGCUUUCAGUGUGGGAAAACGGGUCAUGUGAUAAGGGAUUGCCCUCAGAGGAAGCAGCAAGAAAAUGGCAACAGGACCACUACCAGUUCAGUGGCAUUUCUGGGGCAUGUUAUCACAAAGGAUUGCGUUGCUGUUGAUCCACACAAGAUUGAGGCGAUUGUAAAUUGGCCACCUCCCACUAAUGUGACUGAAGUACGUAGUUUUAUGGGGUUUGCUGGAUACUACAGACGGUUUGUUCAAGAUUUUUCCAAAAUUGCGGAGCCGCUUACCCAACUGACCUGA